AGUUGCGGAUAGUGCGCGGCGGGGCCAAAUUCCGAUUUCAGCGUUCGGUAGCGCUGCAUAUUUAGAGGCGGCGGCGGCGGUGUGGCGUGUCGUGUUUCCAAAUGCUCGCCGUGGUCGUUGGCUCGGCGUCCCGCAUUGUCCCUUGCGCCAGUCGUGUGAUGCACGGACGAAAACCGACUGGCCAUUUCGGGCGCACACCGUCAGCAACAGUCGGUGCACGUGAGACUGCAAGCAGCAUGACAACAAACCACACGUGAGCAAGCAUCCUUGCGCAACACGCGCUCUUCCGAGACGGGUGCCAGCUUGCACGCGCUGUCUCGCCGCAUUCGUGUACCUGCCAGCUGCACGGUGCGCUUCGGUUUCCGCGGCUCUGAUGUGAAAGCUGCGAAUCAUGGCGAAAUGUCGUGUGCCGGGGCGUUACUUGCUCCUAGCCCUGCUCUUCGUCGGCAACACGAUCCUCUCAACACACAAAUUUGAUCUGGGCAUUGCAAUUUUGGCCAUGACUACCAGGUGCCUGCCACAGACGAAGCUGGCUGGUCUUGUACCCGGUGAUUCCUGGCUGCAGCAUGACAAUGACACAUUAGCAAGACAGUUCAAUGCUUCUGGCACUGCUGCAGUGAACAGCAGUGAGGAAACUGAAGACAGUGCCUUCUUCACAACCACACCUGCAGUGUCAUUGGAGGAGGAAAGCGCAGGAGCACCUGUAUUCUCAUGGUCACCUUCAGUGCAAGGUGUCAUCCUGGGUGCAUACUUCUAUGGGGUAAUUAUGCCCCAGGUUCUGGGUGGUCGUCUGGCGGAGCGCUUCAGUGCCAAGUGGACCCUGCUGGCAGGGCUGCUUACUUCCUCAGCAAUGACAUCGGCAACACCAUGGAUAGCCACAUUAGGUGUCGCACCUCUAGUCGCACAUCGGAUACUCCUGGGGUUCGUGCACGGCCUGAGUAUGCCAUCGUCAGUUGCCCUGGUGGCACGGUGGGCCCCCCGACGGGAGCGGUCAACUUUUGUAGCAGUCGUGUUCUGCGGCCGGUACAUGGGCAUUGUGGUGGCCACCCUGCUCUUUGGUCAUCUCUCCUCCUUGUCGGUGGCCGGAGGGUGGCCCUUUGCCUUCUACAUGUCUGGUCUACUGGGGUUCCUGUGGCUAGCCCUGUGGUUCUUCCUGGCCUUUGACGAUCCUGCCCGUGACCCAAAGGUGUCCGCUGCGGAGCUUCGCAAUAUACAGGCAGCGGAUGGAGCCGGACCGUUCAAAGCCAACGCAGCGAAGAGGCCGCUGCCAUGGCGAGCUGUGUUCACGUCUGCACCUGUGUGGGCCCUGGUGGCAGCCCGGUUUUCCAACCUGUGGGUCUCCAUGCUGCUGUUCACGAAGCUGCCAGCGUAUGUCGAAGGUGUCCUCGGGAUGUCCCUGAGUCAGAAUGCCAACUUCAGCGCACUCGUGUUUGCCUUCACCAUUGUGUCAAUGCUGGGCUCAGGCUUGAUCGCGGACUGCCUGCUUCGUUGCGGCUUCCAGACCACACUUGUCCGGAAAGCAUUUCAGCUCACUGCCAACUUUGGCCCCACGCUGUGCCUUCUGUGUCUGACCUUGGCCGGAACGAACCAGUGGCUCGUGCUAUUUCUGCUGGUCGUCGGCAAGGUCACACUGGGUGCCUUCACGGCUGGAAAUGCGGCUGCAGUGGUUGAUUUGGCUCCCAUGUACUCGGCUACUCUUAAUGGGAUGAUCACAACAUUUGGACAGACCACAGGAGUGCUGGCUCCUUUGGUUGCUGGACUGAUGUCAUCCUCUGCAAACGGUGAUAAGGUGACACAGUGGACGCACAUCUUCUACCUUGCAGCCGCCGUAAGCUUUGCCGGCGGUGUUGUGUUUGCCAUCUUUGGCUCAGCCGAGCGGCAACCUUGGGCUGACCCCAGCGGCGUUGCCACCGCCAGACAACAACAAUCAGUCCCGCCGUCGAACUGUGGUGACCCGGUGGCAUCUGCAGAGGAUGGUGUCAUCGCAGCCAGCACAGCGCUUCUUGGUACACCAGCAUCACCAGACACAGCAGAGAUGUCACCCGCCAAGAAGCUUUGACGCUAGUGAGGUUUUUGGAGACUGCUUCAUUGGUGUAGUCGACAUUGUGCUGAGACUGCUUUGCUUUGGUCUAACAGCAGCGGAAAUGAUUGACGCUGAAGAACAUGAUGCACAGAUGUGUGAAGAACAAUUUCCAUUUGCGAAUGGAUACGAAGUUAUUGACUAAGAUCAGUUAAGUCUAAUGGUGCAUUCGACGGGUCGGUUUUGACCACUCUGAGCAUUCCAGUGAUGAGAUUUACAUUCGGCUGAUAGAAAUUGAGCACUCAAAACACAUUUGUGUGGUUCAUCCAUUGUGCAGCACUAUGGUUCAGAACAGUCAGAGGCACUCUCACCUUCAAGCUGGGAUUGCAACCAAAAUUCGACAGAAUUUCAGUCACCUAGCUCCUCUGAUUGCUCUGGGAACAGCUGAAUGUUUGGCCCGUAGCGACUUUCUGCGGCUUCUAUCUUGAGAGAUCUCUGUAACACCUAGCUCGGUAAGAGCCAGUCAAAUGCACUGCAAGAAAGACAAACACAGCACUCUGGGCACAGCCUUUGUGUCACAUUGUCUUCUUGUGGGCCGUUCUUGGUCGACUCUGAAUAACCAACUUGCUCAGGCUUUGACAUUGUACAGAAAGUGUGUGCAACUGUCACACAGUGCCUUGUCCUCACAAUUUUUUGGACUCUUGCAAAUGCCAAGUUACCGCGUGUUCACGAUCAUUGUAGACAUAUCCUGAAGGGUGUCACAUGUUGCUGCUGUCUUUAAACUGCCUGCCAAAAGGAGACAUUUGUUGUCGUACAAGGUGUGGUGUACAGUAGGCGGGAACGGGAAAAUUCCUGGGGGAGAAUCAUGGGCUUCUGGGGCAAUUGUACUUUCGGUCUAUGACUAGUCAUUACGUGCAGCUAAAGCUGAACUUUGUGCUGGUUGGUGAGACAAUACUGGGGUUCUUGAAAGCAGUUUCUAAAGGGCUUGGAAUUCUGAAAAGGGUACACUGCAAGUUUCGUAGAUUCUAGGUCUUUGUAAUAGUAGUCACUUCCAGUGACCCGGGAAAGCAGUCCAGGGCACGUGUUUUGUAUUGUUCUAUUUUGUUUUUCAUUCUCCUUUUCUGAUCGUACACUGCAGCGACUGGCUUAUCCCAGUGAUAACAGUAGUGCAGUGGCGUCCAAGCUGAUGAUGAAGAGAUAACAAAUUUUAAUUAAAUAGAUCACUUGAUUAUGGUGGCCCACAGGUGGAUUGUCUGAACACAGUAUACCUGGAGCUAACAAAGAAUGUGCAUAGUGACCAUGCUGUGUAAAGAAUUCUACUUGGUUAUUUGCUUAAAAACGACGGAUCAAAGCCCACCUGUUGUUGGGGGCCAUACGUGAUGACCAUUCUUUUCUUGUUCUGUAGGGUUGGCGGUGAUGUCAAAAGUGCAAAAGCAGUAUCGAGAGAUUUCGCACGAAUGCAUUGAUGUGUGACGUUCCACAAGUCGCAGGCAUUCGAAGUCCUAAAAAGAUUCUUUUGAAUUGCUUUGCGGGGAUCUAUAUAAAAGUUGAUGACCGAUAAUUUGGACUCCACAGGGAAUCUUAAAGACCCCGAACGGGGUCGUUAAGGUAAUAAAAUGAAAUGAAUGUAAUUAAGUCCAAACUAUCGAAUGUCUCAAAAUCGAAUGUAUCCAGAAAAGAUCGUUUUAUUUACGUUUUGAGGCCCCUGUGCAAGGAAGCAGCGGUCGAUGUGUUGCUGCACGCACUUCCACUUAUGUGCAAGCAAGUCCACCUGUAUUUCUGCCAGUGUUGUGUUGUCGCUGUACGCAGAUGCAAGAACGGCAAAGGCUUGAGUCGGAUCUGCAUGUGAAGGCUCCAGAGUACACGGCACUUCAUCAUCAUCAUCCAAGUCGGAGUCGCUGUUUGACGGCGGGAGAACUUGCUCAAUUAUUUCGUCAUCGUUCAGUUUUACAGAAGACGACACUGCGCUGUCGACGUCUACAAAGUCUUAAGAUGUAACAGCAGCAGGAAUCGACACACUGCAGCCUCACACGUCAUCAGUGAUGUCCGCAUUUGAGCUCGUUGUGGUCGGCGGUAGUUCACGCUCUUCAUUAGCGGAGUCAGGCUCAUUAUCGAAGAUAAAUCCAGCACGAUGGAAAUAAUUGCCGAGUGCGUCUGCUGACACUGCCUUCAAGGCAUCAGCAAGAAUGCUCACGAUGGACAUCAAGUCCACGUUGUACUUCAUCUGACUGUCUAAGCACAGUAUCACAUGGUGGUGCAGCAGGCGGGAACGAUAGAGCACUUUUAAAUUCUUGAUAAUACCUUGAUCCAUAGGCUGGAGAACACUGGUUGUGUUUGGUGGCAGGUAUUCUAUCUCAGUCACUUUCAUACUGCUGAUCGGGGUGUGGCCACUGCAGUUGUCCACGAACAGAAGGAACUGAAACUUUCGGUCCAACUUGCAUAAUUAUCCUUCAAACAAGUGUUGUGUGAUCCACUUCUUAGUAUUGGCCUCGUAUCGCAUAGGCAAAGUCUUUUUUAAAGCAUCGAGGGUUUUUCGAUUUGCCGAUGACUAAUAGCGGACACUUUUGUGGCCCCAAGUGUUGCUGCCUACAACAGUGAGUUGUUCCUUACUAAGCUUCCCACCGUGGCAAGAUUCUCCAGACAGGGCAAGUUUCUUGUCUGGCAGCAGCCUAUAGAUUGUGGGUUUUGCCCAAUUACUGACCUAAUUUACCAAAAGAAGCAAGAAAUGGGGAAAAUAUUUGUACUUCAUCACUAUCAUCACCAUUUAUUGUAACCUUAAGGGUUGGGAUCCUUGCGAGGUGUUACAUAAAGGGGGGACAAUGUUAAAGAUACUGGCAUUCAUCAGUCGGGUGUGUUCAUUCAUAAAAUUAUACGUUAAAUAAACAAGCUCUGACACAGUAUAUCACUAGGCAAACAAGCAGUCGCUUUUACUGUACAAUAAAUUAACGAGUUGUGACACAGUAAAAAAAAUAAACGUUUUAAAAUAAAAAUAAUGGAACAGCAGAAAAUACAAAUUAGUUUACUUAAACAACAUGAUGAAUGGAAAGAAAGAUAUGAAAUGUUAUAACGUUAAUUGUUUCAUUAACAAGUCUGAAUUUUUUAUGAUCACAUUCAUGGACAAUGUGAUCAGGCAAACAGUUCCAUGAUCCAAUCACAGAGGGUAGGAACGAUUAAUUAAAAUCCUUAGUUGAUCCGUGCAGGCACUUAAUCGUAGCCACCCCCACCGCCAUUUUGAUUAUCUCGCCUCCUCAAACCUGCGCUAUCACACGCAGAUACGCUGGCAGCCGCAGUGACCACCGCGGCAACGCUAGGCCUAGCUACUUCGACGGCCAAGCUUCUUUUUGUAUGGUGCUGUGUUUUUCAUUCAAACAAUUCGCCACUGCUAGCAAUGGCACCAACUCCGCCUUUAUAAUCCUCGCCUGUGUCUUGGAAACUCUGAAAGCACGGCGCGUUGCAUAAUGCCGGUUCCCGAAAGUCAGCUUCGCCUUUGUACAGCUGUGUUAUGCAGUGAAGCAUACGCGAAGUAUUGCAGGUGAAGCAUAUUAAGAGUGGGAAGAGGCAAUUGUCACGGCACGCAGUAUGUAUUCCUUAAUUAUACAUGCAUACACACGGCCGUCUUCUAUCAUAGUACAAGUUACGAUACGCCUAAUAGGUGUACUGGCAGGCCUUCAGAGCUAUUUGGGACGUGCCUGUGGCUAUUUGAGCUCUUGGGGGCAGUAAAAGGCAUGCAUUCAUUUUUGCGGACUGCCAGAUUUUUCCGAUGUUUUCGCGGCCUCUAGGGAGUCCGAAAUAUCAGACGUUGACUGUAUAUGGAACAGCUAUAAAAUCUCCUUGAAAAUUUCUGUAUAAAGCUUUUAUUUUUUACAUCGAAUUACCUAUAUAUUGCAUUUUUGUGAUCCACUUCAGAUUCGAUAUAUCCGGCUUAGACUGUAUAUUCAAAUUUCAUUAUUAUACGUGUUGAAAGUGAGCAGCUACAAUAAUUGGAGGCAUCAUUUUAGUUUCAGAUAGAACCUCUAUAUCAAAGCGCGCUUCAUAAUACAUUGUUUAUAUUUUUCAUUUCCGUUCUUAUGAUUGGUUUCUUUGCAAAUCUAAUCUUUACGCAUUUGCAUACUAACAAGCACAAGAUAUACAUACUACAUAAACAUACGCCAUCAGCUUACACACCUGAUGGCUGUUAGUUGCAUGCAUUACUAUGUGGCAUGCACUGACAGGCAGAACUAAGCCUAGCAAGUCACACAAAACUGUGCAUUUCACUCAUUUUGUUGCACUAGUGAGCUUCAUCAUCAUUCAAUAUUUUUUAUUAUCUAUGUGUUAUGUGUCCUGCUCACUUUUUGUACUACCCACUGAAGUGACUGUAGACAAUCGUGUCACAAAAUGCACACUUUUACCAGCAUUUUGUAGAGGUGACUGUGCCGAUUUCUGAAGAAGAAAAGAAUUUUUGUAAGAUUUGUACUGUGCUUUCGUGUUACUCCGUUUCCCCCAAAGGGAAAAAUGAGAAUUGAGGUGUGUUCUAAUCCGCACAUUUUUGCUUGUUGUACACAGUUUUUGUAAACUGUUUCUGCGAACCUGAAUCUUUAGUGCAUUGAUCGCCCAGUGGUCUCCAAGUGCCUCAAGAAAGUUGUCCAGCGACUUCUAACCCUUGAAAUAAGUCACGCAAACAAAAAUCCUUUUUGUGUCAUUGUAAAAUGGCCAAAGCAGUGCAGCACGAAAAGAUUUGGCAACACAAUUAAUGCCGAACACUGUUCAAAUUUCUGCACAGGCUUUGGCAUAUGACAUUGUAGGUCAUAUGCCAUCAGUACCAUCGUGCUCCAUACAAUGUCAUCCGAGACACGUGAUGUCAAGUUUCUUAUCAAGUAACAAAGCUUUUUUAUGAGAGUUUUGGUGUGUGGUCUGUUGAUGCCUGCUCAAAUAUGCAGUAAAUUCUUUUAAUCGUAGAACAGAGUACACAUAGGACACAGGGACACUUAAGAGGUACAUUAAUCUGGACUGGCAAUUUGCGCUUCUCAAAUAGUGAAAAGGACGCUUUGUAAGUCAGAAAUGACAAAAAAAUUGAAAAACAAGUGAGUGCCUGGCCUAGGUAUACCAGCACCAGUUUUUCACAGUGUCUGGGAUUUUGACAGCAUCUGCUUAAGACCAAUUAACUGUUUAUCGAUAAGGAUUACAUUGUAUUGCAAAGGAAGCAGAAACUCAAACUAGCACGUUUUGAAACGUUGUCUUUUAAAAACUGUCUACUGUAAUGUCACACUGACAUGCGUGCGAGAUUUGAGAAGGGGAAGUUUGGCCCUCAUUUUCUUCUCUGGUAAUUAGCAGUUUUCUACCAAAUAAAUAGCUAAUACAAUUUUCAAAGAAUGCAUUACCAGUCUAAGCUGAUGUAGUGACAUUCUUUAUUCCCUCUUUAAAUCACUAAAUAAUCACCGUACUCCCAGGUGAUCUUCUUAAAUAUGAAAUGCAAGGCAAACAGGUGAGACAGGGUAAACCUUUGUAUCUUCAGGCAUUGUGCCAAAGCUGGUUGUCUUUGUGCCUGUGUGUCCAUUGUUGCACGUUAAAGAACGUUUUAAUAUGACUUUGAUCUCUGUUUUAAUCACAAACUUUCGGUUUGCAUUUACGAGUGUGCUUGUUUUUAUCAUGGCAAGUGUGGUAGUGUUGCGUGUAAGCUGAGCAUUUCGGACAAACUGUAGUUUUGUCAAUUUCGCUUGUAGCGUGUUUGUUUGCACGUUUGUUUGGAAUGGUAAUGAGCUUCUCACUCUUUCUUAUGUGUCAGAUUUGCUUGAGUCAUUUCCUGUACAUCUUGCGUGCAUAUUUAUUUUGUUAAACACUUCGCAAUUUACUGUUACUGGUACGUUGCAGUUGCAGUAGGGUUCUCUAGACACAUCUGCAAAGUGUUCCUUGGAUUGACGCCUGUGGUUCCUACAAAACAGGCAGAAUAAUUAUAUUCAUCUCCGAUGUGAGAAAGGCUUCAGUUAUUCAGUAAUUUGUACGGUUGGCAUUUUUAAACGUGGUUUGUCAAAAACACGUUUCUUUUUCUUCCGGUGAAAUACUUCUAGUCAAGGUCUUGUUCAAGUGAUUGUGUCACGACGCAGCACACCUUGUCUUGUCACAAACUGUUUACUUGUUUUCUCGUUGGCUUUUCCGUUUGUAAGAACCAGUGGAGUGUUUUAGUGAGUUGUGCAGUGUGUAAUGGCCUACCACUUGUUUCAACUUGGAAAUUUUAUAAAUAAAGCAGUGUGCC